AUGUCUUUCCGACGAAGAGAUUCUCUCUCUCAAAAGCCGCGCUUCAACAUCUCCACCCUGCGAGGCUUCCAGCAACCCGAGCUGAGCCGGCGUCUAGGCCGGGUGAUCAAGAACGAGAAUGCGGCGAUUGGCGCGCACGAGAAAGCCGGUCGCGAGCGCGUCUCCAUCGCCUCGCAGCUGUCCGAAUGGGGCGAUUCCACCGAGGACGAUGCCGUCUCUGACAUCACGGAUAAGCUGGGCGUGCUGAUGGCGGAGAUGGGCGAGCAGGAGGACAUCUAUGCGCAGAAUCUGGAGGAUUAUCGCGGCUUGUUAAAGCAUAUCCGGGACACGGAGGGUUCGGUCCAGCCGUCUCGUGAUCAUAAGUUGAAGGUCGCGGAUGAUAUUCAGAAGCUGAAGUGGAAGGAUCCGAAUAGCCCGCGGUUGGAGACGCUUGAGCAGGAGCUUGUGAGGGCGGAGGCGCAGAACUUGGUGGCGGAGGCGCAGUUGACGAACAUGACUCGAUCGAAGCUCAAGGAGGCUUUUGAUGUUCAUUUGGCUGCUGUCAUUGAGCGAGGAGAAAAGCAGAUACUGCUGGCUCGCCACGCUCGUCGGCUCCUGAACUACAUCGACGAUACCCCGGUGGUCCCGGGAGAUGUGCGAAAGGACUACGAUCGAGCUGCUGAGGCAAAGAUGGUGCUUGAAGAUGCCGAAAAAGACCUUCUCUCCUGGGAGAGCACCGUCGAUCCUAUUCGCACCUCUGCUGGGCAGAUGCCGGGCAACACUCUUCUGCCUGUACAGAGGACUCGCACAAAUGACCGCGAAGUAGAUGGAAGUAACUUCUCCGACACCACUCGGGAUAUCGAUGGUUCUGUCACCGAGGCAACUCGAGAUUCGUACGUCGCUGUGGACAGCCCCGAGGCCAGCGCGCCAACUCGGCAGGUCGAAGAGACUAUCACUCAAACGACCAGCCGCGAUGCAGAUGGCCCAGUUACCGAGGUGACCAACGAUAAAAUUGCUCGAGACAUCAACGGAUCUGCUGCAGGAAAACUCGAAGUGCCUCGGGGCAAUUCCAAGCAGGCUGUUCUCCUGCCAGAGGGACCCCAGCCAGUCGCCGUUCCAUAUUAG